AUGGCCGUUGUUCUCGGAAACCUAGCUCUGCUACUAGACGUGUCGUCGCCUAGGACCAUAAUACUAGACCGGAAGACCCGUCCGGUGGCGCUUGAUGCUCUUUUGAACCUGAACUUGAACUUGCCUAAGAGGGACCCUCACAGUCACGCGCACAACGGCUUUAUCGUGGCCAAGGGGUUUGACUCGGACGGGGAGACUCGGAGCCAACGAGUCGUGGCUCGGGGCAAAGCGAAUUCUAAAGUAAACGGCGUGGACUUUGACCGGGACGAGGAGGGUAACAGUAACGGGAAUGGGGAAGAUCAGGAUCCGUUCGAUUGGGAGAAGGUAAUGCGGAAGAGGGUGAAGGAGAUCGAAGAGAGGAAGGAGUUGGUGAAGAAAGCCGAGGAAUUGCAGAGCCAGAUAGAGGAGGAUUAUGAAGACGACGGCAGAGAAGAGACGGAGCAAGAGAAGCGGAUGAGAGUGAGGAAAGAGCUGGAAAAGGUGGCUAAGGAGCAAGCAGAGCGGAGAGCCACGGCGCAGUUAAUGUUCGAGUUGGGGCAGAAGGCUUAUGGAAGGGGCAUGUACGGUCGUGCCAUUGAGUUUUUAGAAGGCGCACUCACAAUCAUUCCUAGGCCUACGUUAUUUGGUGGUGAGAUACAAAUUUGGCUUGCUAUGGCCUAUGAGGCUAAUAACCGCCAUGACGAUUGCAUUGAUCUUUACAUGCUAUUGGAGAAGAAGCACCCCAGUGUCAGCAUCAGACGCCAAGCAGCAGAGCUUCGCUACAUUUUGCAAGCGCCAAAGCUCAAGAUAACCCAAGAAGAGAUGGUAACCAUACCACUCAUUGGUUCUAGUUAUGACAGCUACGCCGGAACGUGGAGUGAUAAAUACAAGGACAAGGAUGAGAGGAGCAGUGGGACAAUAACCAAUCAGCUCCCGUCGUCAAAAGACUAUUUCGGGGACUUUAUGGUAUGGCGACCUCCAAUUGGACUGGAGAAAAACCAAGUCUUUUGGAUAAGUUUGACGUUGUGGUUGGGUUUAGUUGGAGCUGCCCUCUUUCUUCAAAACUGA